AUGGGGUCGCGCAAGACGGCGGAUUUCUUCGCGCGGGAGGCGAAGAAGCUCGGGUACGCCGCGAGGUCCGCGCUGAAGCUGAAGGAGAUCCAGGACCGCUUCGGGGUGAUGCGCCCGGGGGACGCGGUUCUCGACCUGGGAUGCCAUCCCGGCGCGUGGACCCAGGUGGCGUCCGAGCGGGGCGCCGGCUCGGUCGUCGGGGUAGACCUGACGACGACGCGUUCGGACGCGUUGGGUCCCCGCGUGGAUCCGCGCCGAACGACGCUGACGGUGGCCGACGUCUUCGACCUCGACCCGCCCGCGCUUCGAGCGUUGUGCGGGUCGGGCGGGGCGUCGCCGGCGUCGCGUUCGCGACCGUUCGCCGCGGUGCUCAGCGACAUGGCGCCGUCCACCAGCGGCGACGGCGUGAAGGACGCGGCGCUCUCUUACGAGCUCGCGGAGCAGGCGGUGCGGCUGGCGCUCGGCGCGCGCGCGCUCGCCGUGCUGGACGGAGACGACGACGACGACGACCGGGAAGGCGAUCGGGACGGGGACGGCCAUCUGGAGCACGAUCCCGGGGUGCUUCGUAAGGGCGGAUCCCUCGUGGUGAAACUCCUGGAGGGACCGGGCGGCGGGCGCGACGACCUUCAGCGGGUGUGCAAACCGCAGUUCGAGUCGGUGAAGUGGUUCAGGCCGAGGGCGACGCGACGGGAAUCGCGAGAGGUGUUCCUCGUC